AUGGCUUCCACAGCCUCGUCUCCCCCGUCUCAGCAGACGGCUUCUUCCACCCUAACGGUUUUGCCGCCUAUAAUCACAGACACCCCAGCUAAGCGGCAAGGCCGUCAGCGGUCCUCGUCGUACGCAAAAGAUCGUCUCUCCACACACUCUAAUGUUUCCUUAGCUUCUCAGAAUCGGUCGCGGCCGGGAUCUCAUGUAUUUCCAAUCUUCCAUUCCAGCUUACCGUAUGCGCUGGUCCGCGAUUUCGCGUAUCCCGCAAUUCAUCCUCUCCACUAUGGCCCAUUGCCACCUCGUGCAUCGGUGGUGUCGACCCCAGCGAGUGAACAGCGGCGCCUCUCCGAUCCCCCGGCCCCGUGGGACAGCUCUCGUGGUCAGUGGUCCAUGGGGCCGUGGACUACUGAUCACAGCUACGGGCACCAGCAACUUCCCGCCAUGUCCUUUGGGGAUGGGCCACCAUAUAGCGAGGACGAAGACCUGCACAGCCCAGUCUUUUCUGCCCCCCGCCACCGGAAGAACAAAUCCACCGGAACUGACUUGAAUGGGCGGAAAUCCAGGGGCCCUGGCGGCCGCGAGCAUCAGGGCACGAGCUAUGAGGGAGACGCUGAUCGGGGAACACUGGUCAGCAUGAACGCAGACGGUAGCGAGACAUACUAUGUGAACGAUGACGAUGCCAUGGAAGACGGACCAGGCGGCGAGUAUGUCACGUAUCCGGCAAACGAAAGCCGGUAUUCCCACAUGGGCUCGUACGGCGACUAUCAGAGUUAUGGACAUGAUGCAGACUUUGAUUCUGAAGAUGACUAUGCGGGCGAUCAUCGUUAUUCGCGUGACUUUCAGUUUGCCGUGGGAUGCCCUGACGAAGAAAUGCAUGGGAAGGCCGUUGCGCUUUUUGACUUCACGAGAGAACAUGAAAAUGAGCUGCCCCUGACUGAGGGGCAGGUGAUCUUCGUCUCAUACCGACACGGUCAGGGUUGGCUUGUUGCAGAAGAUCCCAAGACAGGGGAGAGCGGGUUGGUGCCGGAGGAGUUCGUUCGUCUGCUUCGAGAUAUCGAGGGAGGGUUGACGUCGUUGAACGGCGAGCCAGACGCAGAAGAAGAGAGCCAUACGUACCUUAGCCCGGAGUCGACAGACUCACAGCAAGCGAUAACGCCGACCCAAGACGAGCAGCUUCCCCUGGAAUCGACCUACGUUAGCGUCGAGCAUGUCUCCAACGGGGAGAAAAGGGAGUCCUCGCGGCUGUCCAGCGGUGGCAAGACGGAUUCGAACACGUCACAUUUUCUGGCAGGAAAUCAGGGGAUCGACGCCCCGCAAGACCUGACCGAGAAGAAAGCCCCUUAG